AUGUCACGCAAAUGUAGGCGGGAUAAAUUAUGCACUGUGUCUGAUUGUACCACUAAACACCAUUUUCUUUUACACAAUUGGUCCCCAAAGCGUCCCGAUAAUUCAAUAACCCAACCUUCUGUUAAUUGUGCGGCAGUUAAUGGUUCAUUUGCUAAAACCUGUCUAGGGAUCAUACCUAUAACUGUAAAGGGUGGGAACGGUUACUCUUGCCAAACUUAUGCUCUGCUCGACGAUGGAGCAGACAAAACGCUUUGUGAUGAAAGUCUUAUACAGCAGUUGCAUUUGACCAGCCGGCCUGUCACCUUCCAGAUAUCGACCAUUAGCUCGACCGGAAGUACAACUUGUGGACAGGAAGUUGAUCUUAGCGUUUGCCCAGUUUCUGGAAAUGGUGAAAUUAACCUUAACAAUGUUUGGACGGUUAAACAGUUACCUAUCUCUACCCGUUCUGCAGUGACAAGUGAUGACAUUAUUGGCGUUCCAUACUUGUCCGAUUUACAAAUUCCCAAAGUAAAGGCUAAUGAAGUCCGGAUUUUAAUUGGUACAGAUUUCCCCGAAGCACAUAUUCCACUUGAAGUGCGUUCUGGAAGCAGUCAUCAGCCAUAUGCUGUAAGGACACGACUUGGUUUGGCAGUUCGUGGGCCAGUCCCUCGUCCUUUUGUUGAACAGAACAGAACAAAACAUAACAGAGCAAAUAUAAACUUUGGUCAUUCAAAUGACAUAAUACUGCAACAACAGCUCGAGCGUAUGUGGACGUCUGACUUCAACGAUGUUAAAUUCUGCGAUAAAGAGUCAAUGUCCAUCGAAGAUAAAAGAGCGUUGGACAUUAUGGAAUCAUCCCUUUCAUAUGUAGAUGGUCACUAUAAGAUGGGAUUACCUUGGCGUGCAGACGAUAUAAACUUACCAAAUAAUUUAGCAUUAGCCUAUGCACGUUUGAAUCAACUUAAACACAAAUUGUCUCGUGAUAAAUAUUUACAUGAAAUGUACACCAAAACGGUUAGUGAGUACAUUAAUAAAGGUUAUGCAAAAGAGGUAGAUAAUAACGGUACAAACUCUAAGCGCAUAUGGUACUUACCCCACCACCCUGUGAUGAACGUUAACAAACCAGGAAAAGUUCGUGUGGUAUUUGACUGUGCCGCGAAAUACAACGAUACUUCAUUGAAUGGCCAGCUCCUUCAAGGUCCAGAUUUAAUGAACAGUUUAGUAGGGGUACUUUUAAGAUUUCGUGAGAAAAAGAUAGCUCAGUCUGCUGAUAUAGAGGCUAUGUUCCAUCAAGUUCAUGUGAUUGAAGAAGACUGUCACGCACUCCGGUUCCUAUGGUGGCCUGAUGGGGACAUGUCUGUACUUCCUAAAACUUACUGUAUGCAGGUGCAUCUGUUCGGUGCCACAUCAUCUCCUAGCUGUGCAGCUUAUGCAUUAAGAAGAUCAGCCAGUGACAACGCGAAUAAAUUUCCAGAUGAAGUUAUAGAAACUGUUAAAAGAAACUUUUAUGUCGAUGAUUGCCUGAAAUCUGUAGAUUCAGAAGAGAAAGCGACAAAGUUAGCAGCGGAUUUACAGUCACUGAUGAAAAUGGGAGGUUUUAGACUUACAAAGUGGAUCAGUAACAGUAGGUCAGUCAUUGAUACAAUUCCCGAUUAUGAACGUGCACCAACGAUUGUUAGCCUCAGUCCCGAAGAUGAACUUCCUUAUGAUCGUGUAUUAGGCAUUAAUUGGAACGUUAAUGACGAUUUCAUCACAUUCAAAAUCAAGAAAACAAAUAAACCUGUAACUAGACGCGGAAUGCUUUCCAUAGUUAGUGCGAUAUUUGAUCCAAUAGGACUUUUAGCACCAGUGACAUUACGAGCAAAGGCUAUCGUUCAAAGCUUGUGUAGAAGGAAAUUUGGUUGGGAUGAAGCAAUUCCGCAAAUUGAUCACGAUGAAUGGCAACGUUGGAUAUCAAACUUACCUUGUUUGGAAAACGUUCGAAUAAGCCGUUGUUUUCAACCAAAAUAUUUCAGUACUUUAAAAAAUAUACAGUUACACGUGUUCAGCGAUGGUUCUGAGACGGGUUACGGCGCAUGCGCAUAUUUACGCAUUACUGACGAAAAUGAUAAUACUGCAUGUUGUUUAGUGCUUGGCAAGUCCCGACUCGCCCCCGAUAAAACAAGCUUCGAUACCGAGACUCGAACUGUGUGGAGCUGUUGUGUCAUGCCGCCUGUAUGCCAUGCUGAAAGAAGAACUUGA